AUGGACUUCGGGGACGUUAACGGUGGACUUGGCGACGAACAGAAGCCUCGCCCUCUACCCUCAGACUUGCCCAAGUCUCUCGACGAUCGUAGUCAUCGUCCACGCGAGCUGGUACCGGAGACGGAAAUGUAUGAUGGUUGGCAGGGACAAUCGCAGUUUCUGACCACGCCCGUACUUGCAAAGCCCCUCAACUUUGGCAAUCUGAGCUUAGACGACUCUACGUACGAUGAAGAUAUCACUACAGGUCCCAAGAAUAGCGACGCACGUCUGAUGGAGAUGCUCGCCGCCCAAGCCGCCCACCGGGUUGGCCCGGGUUUCGAUGACGAGAAUACGAUACUGGCCGACGAGAAGCUUCCCGAAGAUGAGAAGAAAGACUUGUUGCAAAAGGCACUCAACAUGGCUGCGAGUAACGGCGACACCGAGAGGAUUGGCAGCAUACUCGGCGGGAAAGCCAAAGAAUACGUCGACGUUAAUGCGCCCGACGAAGACGGAACCCCUCCGCUCAUAUACGCGAGCUGCUUCGGCCACGAAAGUGUCGUCAAGGCGCUCAUCGACGCUGGCGCUGACGUCGACAAACAAGACCGGAAUCAAUGGAGCGCGCUUAUGUGGGCAAUGACGAACCGGCACAAGAGCAUCGCCAAGAUCCUCCUCGACAAUGGGGCAUCGGCCGAGCAAAAAACCUCGUCUGGCCGGACGGCCUUCGACUUCGUGCCACCGGACAGUGAUAUGUCCUUCUAUCUGCACGACAGUGGCUACAACAUAGGCAAUGCGGGAACAGAUGACUUCUACAACCCUGGCUUUUCGCAAGACCGCUUUGAAGAGGAAAUGGCCGAAAACGAGUUGCGCAGACGAAUGAUGAUGGACAGUGCACGCGAUCUCGAAGUUGACUUGGGUAACGUUGGCAUGGAUGAUCAGCCAGAAGCUACCGAUGAGUUCGAAGAGGAGCAGCCUGAAUUCGAUUGGUCUCGCUGUCUGCAUGAUCAAAUGUUUGUGUUCCAAGAACACGAACUUGACCGCAUUCUAGACAUUGUCAUUACCAAUAUGACGCCUCAAAGAUCUCCCGCACAGAAGCCGGUUCCUGCGAAUAUGAUCUUCCUUAGUGCGAGAUACGCGCACUACCACUCUAGCCCCGACCUGUUGGCUAAGCUGAUGAUAUCAGCCAUGGACAAGAUCAAUGAUGUCGUGGAGCAGUAUCAAUGGGAUAUGACGAUCUUGGCUUUCUGGAUUUCUAAUGCCACCUUACUGCUUCAUUACCUCAAGAAAGACGCUGGACUUGUGGAAGCAACGGUUCAGUUCCAGGCUCAACUUUCAGAGCUCAUCAAUGAGAUUUUCAUCCUCAUUGUCAGGGAUGCGGAAAGGCGACUAGACAAGGUUCUCGACGCUGCAAUGCUCGACCACGAGACCAUUCCCGGAUUCGAGGACAUUGCCUUCCAAAACGAAUGGAGAAUCUUCAAGCGCAAAGCGCAAGUCAAGGAAGAACCCUUAGAAAAGCGCUUCCGGCCACCGUCCCCGAAGCAGAGGGCGAAGCCUGCUCCCCGCAACGUCACCUCCCUGCUAUCAUCCACUUUGUUUGUGCUGGAUCUUUACGACAUCCACUCAGUUAUCACAGCGCAGAUUGUCUCACAGUUGCUAUACUGGCUUGGAGCAGAGCUUUUCAACCGCAUAAUGUCUAACAGAAAGUACCUUGCGCGGACGAAAGCGAUGCAAAUUCGAAUGAACGUCUCGACGCUGGAGGACUGGGCUAGAACCAACAACCGACAACCCGAGCACUACGAAGGAGGCGAGACGAAGUCCUCUGGCGAAACGACGGUGGACUCGGCGAGGCGGCAUCUUGCGCCUGUCAUUCAGCUUCUGCAAUGGCUGCAGUGCUUUUCUUCACUCGGUGCCGACGACCUCGAGGCCCUCGUGGGCACACUGCAACAGCUCAAGCGGCUAAGCCCACAACAGCUGAUCCACGCAGCGCAACAUUACAGGCCCGAAGUCGGCGAGAAGGGACUACCGAAGAGCGCCCUCAAGUAUCUCAACGCGAUUCAAGCAGAGCAUGUGCGCAGAAAGGAAGACCGCAAGAGCGCCCCCUCAACGCCGGUCAAGGCGAAAGAUGCAAAUGGUGGUAAUGCGGACAACACCGUUGGCAAGGCGGAUAAGAGCCCAGGUGGAAAUGAGAGUGAAGAGGAAGACGAGGAUGUGCCGGAGAAUCUCCUCAUGGAUCCGGCCUUGAUGCUACCAUUCACGCUGCCAUCCGUAACGGACAUGCUGGUCUCGUAUGGGGCAGGCUUCGGAGGUGUCAACAGGGAGCGGGCGCGCAAAUACAUUCCUUCCGUUCCGCCCGAGUUCCUCUCGAAACUUGAGGCUAGCGGCGCACGCAAAGGACCAAUGUUCAGUGAAAAGGAUUGGGAGAAUGAGGAAGUUUGA